AGGCUCCUGACAUGAAAUUGUAUUAGCAUAUAGUGGAAGAAAUAGAGGCAGCUCUCAAUAGCAGCUAAUGUGUAAAUUUCAACUGAAAUUCUGUGCAAUUUAGGAUACACUACAAAUUGCAACAAAUCAGAACUUUCGUCGAUGUCAUUUAAGUUCAUUUUCGCUACAUUGCGGUCAGACGACACGUGUCAUUGACUGACACGCUGUAAAUGUGAAUAUUAAUUUGAGGAAACCAACGAGUUGUACCGAACGAAAACUAAUUUAAGCGAGAUGCUACUUGGUGGCAGUUGCGGUGCAAUAGCACCAGCUGCUGUUUAAAAACCACAUUAAACAAAUAUUUAGUUAAACGAAGUAUGAGCAGCUAAGUUCCCGUAUCACAUGUUUCUGUUUCAUGCUUACUAUGAACGAGUUUUAUUAACGUUUUAUUGAGCAAUCCAUCAAUCAACGAUCCGUGGCUUAAAACAAGUUUUUUAAUGUAACAUCUUUUUAUUCGUUUUUAUGCAAGUUCACAAAUGUUUUAUGUAAACCCACGAUUAGCGGAAGCUAUUUUCAAAUACAUGCAUUCUAUAGAUAACGGCGUUGAUCUACAUGUUGGCUUUCAGAGCUUUGAAAGGCAAAUUCGUUUUUUUAUUUAUCCCCCCCGGUGCAAGUUCAUUUGCACCAUAACGAAGAAAUCUAUCUAAAGCGAAGUGUUAGUACUGGGAACAUGAAGAGGAGGCAGACGUGCCACACAAACUCGGAGAUAUUCAAGAUCACACUGGGGGCCGGGCAACACAGCCCGACAUCAUUUCCCUUUUGAACAUGCACCACGGAGGCUUGCUGCUUGUUCAGCUCUGAUCGCACCGUUUCCUAACUUGGCCACACAGAGCGUGACUGUGUCAUGUGGACCCCGUGGUGUUAAAACCUGAUCAGAAACUAGAGCUGCUAUUGGUGCCAUCAUCAGAGGCCUCUCUGUAGCUCGACCGCCGUAGAACCCGCAAAAGGGAAGGCCUGCAUGCAGACGAGCCCUGCGCCUCUCGCUGGAUCCUUAUAGGCAGCUGCUGAUCUUCCCUGGUGCUCCGUCAGCAUAGCAUGGCCUAGUAGGAGCAGAUUCUGGUGGACUGCGUUCCUGUGGCCGUCCUGCUGUAUGCACGCUCCGUGCUCACAGCUCCUUCUGCAAGCUUGCUGAGCGUAACAAACUGUGGGCCCAGCGAUGCUGUCCAGAAUGAAGCUGUACCUGUGUGCCGUGCUCUGCGGCAUCCUGCUGGUCAUGAUCGGCACAUACACCGUGCAGAGGGGAGCUCUCUCACCUGUGCUGGCUGCCAAUACCACCACCACGGCCUGGAACAGGAUCUGCAGCUGCUCGUCUUGCGUGGGGGAGACCGACACCUCCGAGUGGUUUAAAAAGCACUUUGACCCUGAACAGCAGCCCUUCCUCUAUCCAAAUGGCAACAUCACCACACCGGCCUUGAAAUGGUGGCUGCGUCUGCAGAAGCCAUCUGUCGGGCUUGAUCCUGAGGAAGUGAUCCAGAAUAUGUUCACAGUCAUCUCGGCCCCUCCGUUAUCUCGGCGCAGGAAUCUGUCGUCCAGGGCAUGCAGGAGAUGCGCGGUCGUGGGGAACUCUGGAAACCUUGCUGGCUCUCACUUCGGCAACCAGAUCGACUCCCAUGACAGCGUGAUCAGGAUGAAUAGAGCGAUCACUCUGGGAUUCGAGCGGGACGUGGGAAGCAAGACCACGCACCACUUCAUGUACCCCGAGAGCGCAGUGGAUCUCAACCCAGGGGUCCACCUGGUCCUGCUGCCCUUCAAGUUGCGUGAUCUGCAAUGGGUGGCCAGUGCCCUGUCCACAGGAAAGAUCAAAACGACAUAUAUGAGAGUCAAAAACCGGAUUAAAGCAGAUAAGGACAAGGUGAUAGUGGUCCAUCCAGCCUUCUUCAAGUACGUCCAUGAGACGUGGGCUGAGACAAAUGGCAGGUACCCAUCCACAGGGAUGCUGGCGAUCAUCUUUGCUCUGCAUAUCUGUGAUGAGGUGUCUGUGUUUGGCUAUGGAGCAGACCCACAGGGAAAUUGGCACCACUACUGGGAGAAGAACAGGUAUGCUGGAGCCUUCCGGAAAACUGGAGUGCACAAUGCCGACUUUGAGAUGAUGAUAAUCGAGAAACUGCACGAUGAGGGCAAGAUCAAGCUUCGGAGGAAGUAGAGUCCAAUCUGAAGGUGCACGGCCAUGACUGGGGUGGGCGGGGCAGAACUUGGUGGUGGUGGCGG